AUGCAACGCGCACAACGGGUACGACGUCGAAAUGGUGGUGUCUGGGCGUUUCAAUGGGCUGACUAUGUCAUCGUAGGCGGUGGCCUGGCGGGACUUGCAACGGGUGCGCUACUCGCGGACCAGGGUCACUCAGUGUGUCUCUUAGAGGCCCAUGAGCGCGUUGGCGGCGCUGCACACGGUUUCUCGAAAGGUCCCUAUUACUUCGAUACGGGGCCAUCGCUCUUUGCUGGAGGAUCUUUAAGCGGGCGAGACUCCUCCGAUCCACUAGCUCAGUUGCUGCGCCUCUUGGGGAUCAAGCUCCCGGUGGCGCGCUACAACACCUGGGGCGUCCUAGUCCCCGAGGGUCGCUUCAACUCAGCAGUCGGUGCGAAAGACUUCAGCCAUACGCUACGAGAGCUUCGCGGUCGAGACGCCGCCGCACAGUUUGCUGAACUACAGCGUUUUAUGAAACCGCUCGCGGAGGCGGCUGUAAGUAUCCCACCUGUUGCACUUCGACGAGACCUGGGUAUCUGGCGAACGGUGACACCUCAUCUGCCGCGCGCCUUGCGUCAUGCAGCACAUUUCCGGCUCAUGUCUGCACCAUUUUCACGAGUGCUGGAUCAAGUUGGUGUUCGGGACGCAUUUCUGCGCGGCUGGAUGGACCUGCUGUGUUUUUUGUUGAGUGGAUUACCCUCUGAUGGAACGCCGACUGCCGAAAUGGCCUUCAUGUUCCGUUCCUUCUACGGAGAGGAUGCUUACCUAGAGUAUCCCCUUGGAGGUGUUGCGGCGCUAGCGCAGGCCUUGAAGGAUGCUCUGGAGAAACGCGGCGGCAAAGUGUACACGAGCUCGCCAGUGCAGUCAUUUUGGACAGAGAACGCCUCACAGCGAGUCGUCGGAGUGACGCUAGUCGACGGUCGCCGAAUCAAGGCAUCGCGUCGAGUGGUCAGCUGCAUAAGUCUCUGGGACACAGCGCGCUUGCUGCAGGAUGGAUCUUUCCAGGCCAAUGCCGAGCCUCUUCCAAGCUUCCUACACGCGCACUUGGUCUUCAAGGCGCUGGACCCGGAAAGCGCAUCCACACAUUUCACCGACUACAUUCGGGGCAGCCAGCCGCCAGAGCACGACGGCUACAAUUGUCACUAUAUUGUUGUGGAUAACUGGGAGAGGCUGACGGAGCCUCAGAAUGUCGUCGCCAUUUCGAUUCCAUCAGUGCUGGAUCCGUCGCUUUCGCGAUCUGGUGAGCAUACACUCCACGCGUAUACGCCAGCAACGGAGCCGUACGAGCUCUGGGAGAACCUUGAUCGCGAGCGCUAUCGAGCACAGAAACUUGCCAGAGGUCAGGUGUUGCUGGAUGCAAUUGCUCGGGCAGUGCCGGGCUGUGCAGACCCUGACUCGAUCCGAAUGAAACUCAUCGGGACACCGUUGACCCAUGAGCAGUAUUUACGGCGCUACCGCGGCACCUAUGGUGCCAAGCCGCUACUUCCCUGGAUUCGCCAUGAUUUACCUGCUGGACUUGCACUGGCAGGUGAGAAUUCGUUUCCGGGCAUCGGUGUACCGGCCGUGAUAACCAGCGCAUUAUUGACAGCGCUCGGCGAAAUGCCGGCAACACUCCAUGCUCGAUAUCUCCAAAGACUAUUCGAAUAA